AUGAAGCUUCUCAUGUCGAUACAGCUACUUGCAGCAGUGGCCGAAGCUGCUUUUACAUGGCAGAACGUCAAGAUCGGGGGCGGCGGCGGCUUCGUGCCGGGAAUCGUAUUCCAUCCUACAGCCAAGGGUGUGGCCUAUGCUCGGACAGAUAUUGGUGGCCUUUACCGUCUUAAUGAGCAGGAUGAUUCGUGGACCGCAGUCACGGAUGGCAUCACGGAUAAUGAGAACUGGCAUAACUGGGGAAUCGACGCCGUUGCGCUUGAUCCGCAAGAUGAGAAUGUGGUAUAUGCUGCCGUCGGAAUGUACACGAAUGACUGGGAUCCAAAAUCCGGUGCCAUUAUUCGUAGCACUGACAAAGGAGCUACUUGGAAGACCACAGAACUUUCAUUCAAAGUGGGGGGCAACAUGCCGGGUCGAGGAAUGGGUGAACGCCUCGCAGUUGAUCCAGCUAACUCGAAGAUCCUAUACUUCGGCGCUCGUAGUGGAAACGGACUAUGGAAGAGUACGGACGGCGGAGUGACAUUCGAUGGAGUAUCCUCCUUUACAGCAGUCGGGACAUUCAUCCCGGACCCUAACGACGUCGGGGGCUACAAUGGUGACAAGCAGGGCCUGGCGUUUGUGACCUUCGAUUCUACCAGCGGCGUAGCAGAAGGUGCCACCAAGCGAAUCUUUGUCGGAACCGCUGACAAUACCACGGCCAGCGUCUAUGUUUCUGAAGACGCUGGCGCGACCUGGAAUCCUGUCAAGGACCAGCCAGGCACAUAUUUCCCACACAAGUGCGUUCUCCAACCAGAAGAAAAAGCCUUGUACCUCACAUAUAGCGAUGGCACUGGACCAUAUGACGGAACUUUGGGGGCUGUAUACCGGUAUGACCUCUCCGCGGGCACUUGGAAAGAUAUUACGCCGGCAUCUGGCGGUGAUCUUUAUUUCGGCUUCGGAGGGCUUGGUGUCGAUAUGCAGAAACCCGGGACGAUUGUGGUAGCAAGUCUGAAUUCGUGGUGGCCAGAUGCGCAAAUCUUUAGAUCGACCGACUCAGGGGCCACUUGGACCAAAAUAUGGACGUGGGCCAAUUACCCGGAAAUGGACCUCUAUUAUGGACUCACAACUUCCAAAGCCCCAUGGAUCAAGACAGGCUUCAUCGAUAUGGACACGAAAGAUCUUGGUUGGAUGAUCGAAGCGCUGGUGAUCGAUCCCCUCGACAGCGACCAUUGGCUUUACUCUACCGGCCUGACUGUGUUCGGCGGCCAUGACCUGACGAACUGGGACACGUCGCACAACAUAUCGAUUCAGUCGUUAGCCGACGGCAUCGAGGAAUUCUCCGUACAAGACUUGGCUUCACCACCUGGAGGAAGCGAACUGCUGGCUGCCGUUGGUGACGAUAGCGGAUUUACUUUCCCCGACGUAGACAGUUUGAAGGUAUCGCCAAGCACGCCAUGGAUGAACCCCAUUUGGGCAACGUCUUCGAGCGUUGAUUACGCCGGAGCGUCUGUGAAGAACAUUGUUCGCAUCGGUACCAGUUCUGGCUCUCAACAGGUAGCAGUCUCAAGUGACGGCGGCACGAGCUGGAAUAUCUACUCUGGAGCGGAUUCAAGCAUGAGCGGUGGCACGGUAGCCUACUCUGCCAACGCUGAUACAGUGGUUUGGUCAACAGCCACAAACGGUGUACAGCGUUCUCAAGACCAGGGCGCCUUCGCUUCAGUAUCUAGUCUCCCCCCAGGAGCUGUUAUUGCUUCAGACAAGCAGAACAACACUGUAUUCUAUGGUGGUUCCGCGGCAGAUUUUUAUGUUAGUACGGAUACGGGCAAAUCAUUCUUGAAGGCCGGCUCUCUCGACAGCGCCACCGCGGUUCGCGAUCUCGUGUCACAUCCUCUCAAGGCAGGCGAGAUCUGGGCAUCAACUGAUGCAGGCAUUUUCCACUCGACGGAUUACGGGUCUUCAUUUGCUCAGGUUUCUACUACGCUUAAAAACACGUACCAGAUCGCACUUGGACGCGGAUCAGGUAACGGCUGGAAUUUGUACGCAUUUGGUACAGGAUCCGCAGGCGCCAAGUUGUACGGCAGCGCAGAUGAUGGCGUUUCUUGGACUAAUAUCCAAGGCACUCAAGGUUUUGGCUCGAUCGAUAAUUGCAAACUUGCCGGCAGCGGAAACACAGAGGGACAAGUUUAUGUUGGGACAAAUGGACGCGGGGCCUUCUAUGCCUCGGGCACGAUUUAA